ACUGUGCUCUGUCCACCGCGCCUCCUGCAUGUCCUGCUGCCCUGAGCUGUCCCAAGCUAGGUGACAGCGUGUCACCCUGCCACCAUGAACGAGGUGUCUGUUAUCAAGGAAGGCUGGCUCCACAAGCGUGGUGAAUACAUCAAGACCUGGAGGCCCCGGUACUUCCUGUUGAAGAGUGAUGGCUCCUUCAUUGGAUACAAGGAGCGGCCUGACGCCCCUGACCAGACCUUGCCCCCCUUGAACAACUUCUCUGUCGCAGAAUGCCAGCUGAUGAAGACCGAGAGACCACGGCCCAACACCUUUGUCAUACGCUGCCUGCAGUGGACCACGGUCAUCGAGAGGACCUUCCACGUAGACUCUCCAGAUGAGAGGGAGGAGUGGAUGCGGGCCAUUCAGAUGGUCGCCAACAGCCUCAAGCAGCGGGGCCCAGGUGAGGACCCCAUGGACUAUAAGUGUGGCUCCCCCAGCGACCCUUCUGCAGCCGAGGAGAUGGAAGUGGCAGUUAGCAAGGCUCGGGCCAAGGUGACCAUGAAUGACUUCGACUAUCUCAAACUUCUGGGCAAGGGCACCUUUGGUAAAGUGAUUCUGGUGCGGGAGAAGGCCAGCGGCCGCUACUACGCCAUGAAGAUCCUGCGGAAGGAAGUUAUCAUCGCCAAGGAUGAAGUCGCCCACACGGUCACCGAGAGCCGGGUCCUCCAGAACACCAGGCACCCAUUCCUCACUGCACUGAAGUACGCCUUCCAGACCCACGACCGCCUGUGCUUUGUGAUGGAGUAUGCCAACGGUGGUGAGCUGUUUUUCCACCUGUCCCGGGAGCGCGUCUUCACGGAGGAGCGGGCUCGCUUCUACGGUGCAGAGAUAGUCUCUGCCCUCGAGUAUUUGCACUCGCGGGACGUGGUGUACCGCGACAUCAAGCUGGAAAACCUCAUGCUGGACAAAGAUGGCCACAUCAAGAUCACUGACUUCGGCCUAUGCAAAGAGGGCAUCAGUGACGGGGCCACCAUGAAAACCUUCUGUGGGACACCCGAGUACCUGGCACCCGAGGUGCUGGAGGACAACGACUACGGCCGCGCGGUGGACUGGUGGGGGCUGGGCGUGGUCAUGUACGAGAUGAUGUGCGGCCGCCUGCCCUUCUACAACCAGGACCACGAGCGCCUCUUCGAGCUCAUCCUCAUGGAGGAGAUCCGCUUCCCGCGCACGCUCAGCCCCGAGGCCAAGUCCCUGCUUGCUGGGCUGCUUAAGAAGGACCCCAAGCAGAGGCUCGGCGGGGGGCCCAGCGAUGCCAGGGAGGUCAUGGAGCACAGGUUCUUCCUCAGCGUCAACUGGCAGGACGUGGUACAGAAAAAGCUUCUGCCCCCCUUCAAACCUCAGGUCACCUCCGAGGUUGACACAAGGUACUUUGAUGAUGAGUUUACUGCCCAGUCCAUCACAAUCACGCCCCCGGACCGCUAUGACAGCCUGGGCUCCCUCGAACUGGACCAGCGGACCCACUUCCCCCAGUUCUCCUACUCGGCCAGCAUCCGCGAGUGAGCAGUGCCGCCCACCGCCGCUGACGCCGCCGCCGCAGGACACACGCUCAGCUGCCAUCACCGCCCCGGGGGCUUGUCUCUUUGUUUUUAGACUUUCUAUUUUGCCUUUUCUUGUUUGCAUCCCCAUCCCUCACCUGCUCACCCCCAUUUCCAGUUUUUUCUUCAGCCCUCUGCCAAACUCACCUCAGCGGUCCCAGCGGCCCUGCGUCCAGGAUCCUGUCCUCACCUUUGUGCCCAGACCAGAAUUUGGGAGACUCUCCACUGCCCGCCCCAGGACCAGGCCUUCGGGCGGUUGGAGAGAUUCCGGUUUUUAAUCAACACAAGCCCCUGCGAGGGGCUACGCGUGGAGCUGCGGGUCCUGCCUGAAUUUCUGGCGGGGCACCUGCAGGCAGCCUGCCCCUGCGCCACUGCCUCGGUCAGAGGCUGCCUUCUCGUGGGACACCUCGUGGGACGCGACGCCCAGCAGACGGUGUCCUGGUGCUGUUGGGCUCAGAGCAGCCUGGCGCGGGCAGUCCGGCCCCUCCCCACACAGGGGCAGAAAAGCAAUAAUAUCCAGGGACAGGCGGGGGCCUUUGGAAGCUGCAGGGUUGGGGGUUCGGGGAUCCCUCGUGUAGACGGGGCCUGAUCUGCCCCGUGGGGAACGAGGAGGGGCCUGGGAUGGGCACUGUCUCCUGGCCCUGCCUUCCGCAGCCUCCCAAGCUGCUCCCCUGACCCUGUGGGUGAGGCAGGAGGAACAUUUGGGGACGAGCCUCCCUGCCACCCAGUCCUGUGCCUUACCAGGGCUUCCUUCGGGCUGGCCUUAACUCCUGCUGGGCCCUGGGCCCUGGGCCCGGCCCCAGCCCUUGCCAAGGAUGGGAGCAGGGCUCACCCUCUUCUUUCCGCCUGGGGCGGAGGGGUGCCAGCUCCACUGUUACACAUCUCGCACCGAGACAGUAUUGGGCCCUGUGGACUUGGGGUUGAAGAGGGGGUGGGAGUGAGGGUCUCUGGUACGUACUGGGGGGGACAGCCUCUGAGCAGGGGAGGCUCCAGGGCCCCUCCCUCCCCCUCCCUGGGCCCCAAGUUCUGCAGCCUUAAGGUGAACGUGUGUCAGUGCUGUGGGCACAUGUGUGCGUGCCUCAGACUGUGUGUGUCUGUGGUUGGCCCUGUGCAUCUGGGACGUGGAUGCAAAAGGGUGUGUGUGUGCGUGUGCGUCUUGGGUAUGUGUGAGGGCGAGCGUGUCCCGGCCUUGAGUGCGUGGUGUGUGUGGGCUUGGGCCCUGGCCCUGGCCCGAGCAUUUCAUCCUGUAGGGGAGGGGUGCUGGCCUGGUAGGGGAGCCGCACUUGGGGUCCAUUUGCUGCCCAGCCUCCCUCCCCCCUCCUUCCCUCCCCCCCAACAUCUCUGGGUGUGUGGAAUUUAGUUGUGGCUUUGGUCUCCCUGCCCCACCUCCUAAACUAGGUAGUUCAGAGAGACACAUCCUGUGGUGGGGUGAGGGUUGGUUUGGGUGGGUGAGGGGUCUUUUUCCUUUCUGUGUGUGUAUGUCAUUUAUCUGACAAAUCUCUGUCCUCCCCACUGGCCUUCCCCAUUCCUCCCAUUUGUACGGUACAAGCAAUAAAGACACUCGUUUCAGACCGGGGCCCGCUGCCCUGGGCUGUUCUUGCCUAUGGAGCCUGGCCCCACUGAUCCGUUCCCAGGACCUGUCCGCUGUGGUGGGACCUGGGCAUUUGGAGCCGUGCUUGCCAUCUGGCCAGCGGGGUUGGGCAGGUGGGGCUCCGUGUGGGUGCCCCUAUGGGUGCAAACUGCUGAGGGGCUUGGGAAGCUUCCUGAGGAGUGCAGCGGGCGGAGGCUGUUCCCGGUCUUCAGAAGCUGCCCAGGUGCGAAGAGGGUGGACAGGAGUAGGGUAGUGGGGCGGGUGACUCUGAACGAGAAGGGUGCCCCAGGUGUCCCUGAGCCCUGGAAGCAAGCGCGAGGGUGUGGUUUCACCGUGUGGGGCCCUUGGGCCCUAGAGUGCGGCAUUGCCUGCCGUCUUCUCCCCACUGAGGCUAAACCGGGGAGACUUGAGGCCCCCCAAAUUCCAGCGCAGUCCUUGGUGUAUGAAUGGGAAUCGUGGCUGUCAGCUGGGGGCACCUCUGGUUACAGCCCUCACGCUCUGGGAUCCUCUGACAGCCACCCCCUUUAGCCUGGGCAGGGUUCCCGUGCUUGACUCACUCUUCCCACCCCUGGGGACCAGGGUGGCCCCGGCACCAGUGAAUUGAAUGACAGACUUUGCCAGAAGGCCUUAGGGCUUCUUCACACGCAUGGAGUCUCGGAGAUCUUGUGUGAGGGUAGCAGAAAAGUCAGAUUCGGUGUAUAGGAAUCUGCGUUUGCUGCAGCCAAGACCCAAGGAAUGUGUGGCUUUUUCUCAGUUAAUAUGGACUUUAUUAUUUAUUUCAUUACAAAAGUAUGUCCUGGCGGUCAUAAGACAAGCCGCAGAGAAGCUUCUAGAGAAAAGUCUCCUAGUUUUCCCUCCAGUCGAGGCCCCGGAGGCGGCCAGGGCCAGUUCAUUUUCGCGUCACCCCUCUGCUGCCGCGUGGGGGGCACCCCGAGCCUACCUCAGUCCGCUGGGUCGCCUCGCGGCCCCCGGGUCCCCGGUGCGGGGCCCGCAGGCUGAUGAACCGCUUCCCUUGGGAGCACGUAGCCCCCUGGAUGUGGUGGUGCUUCCUUCUGUAGAACUUUUCCCAAAGGGACUUCCAGGUGGGAGGGUUUUAAUAAAAUUUUACCAAUUGGAAACCUUC